UCAUGAUUUUUGGAUGAACAGAAAAGAAAACAUCAAAAUGGGUACGAGUACUGAUAUAUCGAAAACAAACAACAUUACUUAAAAUCGAAAGAGUAAUAGAACAUGUCGAGACACGUAUCAAAGGUGAUCUCCCACAUCAGAAGAGGGGUGAGGAUUCCGAGGAUGAAGACGGCAGUUUCAUCCUCGAGUGUUCCGUCCUGUCUAAGUUUAUUCAACAAGACUUCGUGUCGGAACUUCUCGUAUUCUUCUUCCUCUUCUGCCCAAGAAGCUGAUGAAUAUGAUUUCCAUGAAACAGGCGAUAAUAUUACUGAGAACAAUUGUUUUGGUCAAAGUAAGACGACGAGUAUCGAAACGAAAUCCGCCGCCGUUUCUUGGGUCGAUGACAACAUUAAGCACCAACGAAUUUGGCGCCCAGACAAUAAAUCAGCCGCAGAUCCCUUGUAUUGGUCAGAAAAUGUCGUCCAGAGCUCACACGACAACCCACAUAAUUUGGUCUCACUCCUCGAUCGAAUAGAAAAGCAAGAGCUGUCUGGCGGAAGAAUGCGCGCAAAGCAAAACGGAGUAUUGCAUGAGGACCCCGCUGUCGAUAUGCGUUUACUGAUCGAAAAUUAUACUGUUAAUUCAUUGGCUAGUGCACUAAGAGAUAGAGAGGAGAUGUUGCAAACAGCCUCUCAGAUGGCGUCAAAAAAUGAUUUUGAGUCGUUGAAAGAUUUUCUUUACAAUUGCCAUCCUGAUGUAGUAUUGGAAAAAAGGCAGAGAUUGCGAAAAUUGAAUCUCAAGAAGCCGUUGAAUCUUGCUUCGUUGGAGAUAAUACGCAAGGGACUUAUGCGGAUGCCAAGGCAAGUUACAAUGGCUCACUCCAAGAGAGCCGGUGUAGUCAUUCCAAUAGUCCACGUUGACGGAGUUCCAUCAAUUUUGUUCGAAAAACGCAGCCCCUCGCUUCGAGCUCAUCCCGACGAAGUUUGUUUACCAGGUGGAAUGGUGUGCGAGACAGCUGAUCGAACAAUUGUCGAAACAUGUUUAAGAGAAAUGAAGGAAGAAAUUGGAGGUUUCGACUUUGAGUAUCACCGUGAUAAGGGUGGGACGCAUGGGGUGAGCGUUCUUGGCACAUUGCGUUGUAAUUGGGGAGAAGGUAAGCCAUGGUGUUCGUUGUAUUUUUUUUCUUUGAUAUAGAAGACAAUCCUAAUUGUAGUUCAAAUCGAUUACCUACCAUCAGUUCACCACCUGGUAGGAGUUGCUGUCACACCGGUUGUUUGUUCGUUCAAUCAAGACCUUGCCGAAGUUGAUCUGAUGCCAAAUCGAGACGAAGUAGCGGAGGUCUUUACAAUUCCAUUGGUAAAUUUAAUGGAUAAAACGCAAUGGGUAUACAAAGAUGACCAUGCACCGAUUUUUGUUGGUGGUCCCUAUGCAAUUUGGGGAUUAACCGGCUAUAUUCUCGAGAGAUUUUGGAAAGACAUUUUGUUACCAUUUAGCUCACGCCCUUCUGACUUGGACUAGUCGAUAGAAAGUUAUAAAACACAAUUUUUGAAUAUGUUCUAUGAUAUUUCACGGGCGCUUUCUAAACUAUAUAUUGACCAUCUGUUACGGGGAUCUUGUAUCUAUUCUUCUGUGACAUCCAAAAGCAAGUCUCCGCCAGCAACCUCGUCACCCGCUGUAACAACAACACGAUCGACAACUCCAUUGACCGGAGAUGCUACCAUAGUUUCCAUCUUCAUUGCCGAGAGUGACACCAGGGGGGAUCCAACACUAACCUUAUCACCCUUCUUCACCUUCGUCUCAAGGACAACUCCAGGCAUCGGAGCACCAAUACUUCCUUCAACGCUCUGCAAUGCCUUUGGUCGCUCACUAGAGGUUUCACCACCGGCCGAUUUGUCCUUGACGGACACUGUACGAGGAGUUCCAUUCAGUUCGAACUGAAGGGUAACAAAUCCCUCUUGAUUGGGCUCGGAUUGGGCCACAAGUCGAAUCAUCAAUUGUUUACCAGGUUCAAGACUGAUUUCUAGAUCCUCUCCAACUUGCAUACCAGUUAAGAAUGUCCUAGUGUUGAGGAUGCUGCAUUUACCAUACUUCUCUUUGUGAGCCAUAAAUUCAUCAAAGACGGCAGGGUAGAGGGCGGAAGAGAGAACAUCAACGUCACGAAUCUUUUGACCAGAUUUAACAUCACCACUAAGACCACCAGUAUCUUCACCCCAUAUUUCUUCUAGUUUAUUUCGCUCUUUUUCAAAAUCAAAUGAAGCGAGUUCAGCACCUGGGCGUCCUUCAAAACAAACCAGACCGUCGGUUCCCUCAAUUGUUUGUCCUUUUAAUACCUUAGAACGAAAGGGUUCCGGAAAACCGAAUGGGGGAAUGCCGAGGAAGCCCUGGAAGUAUUCAAUGACACUUUUUGGGAAAGACAAAGUGUCUGCUUUUUCAACGACCUCUUCCUUAGUUAGGUCAUUGGCAACGAUAAACUGAGCAAGAUCUCCUGUUACCUUACUGGAAGGGGUAACUUUUAUGAUAUCACCUAACAAUUCAUUAGCAGUAGCAUACGCUUUUUUGACUUUACUCCACUGUCCAGUCAAUCCCAAUUGAGAACUUUGGAAUAAAAGAUUCGUAUACUA